AUGUUGAUUGGGUCAAGCCUAUCGAAGGGGAGUGGGCGCAUUGCAGAUUCUUCAACCAAUACCGGCAAUACCGACGUUGACUCACAAUCCGCCGACUGUGUCUCACGGUCCAUAGAUUCGGGCGUUAAACGGCCGGGCCUGAAGCGCAGCAGGGAUUUCACACCAUCGAGGGUGUCAACCCCAGCUAAGAGGCUGAGAGAGGCCGAAUCUACACACAUGUUGAGUGCGCAGACCCUCAUUGAUAGCCUUUUAUACCUACUGAUUUCCCUUCUUUGA